AUGGAUAAUGAGAAAAAUGUAGAGGAGAUGAUUGAUGACUUGACCACUACAGAAACUAAUUUGUCUAGUUCUGAUGGGGAUGAACCAGUGAAAGAAAGAAGAAAAGGGAAUGUAAGGAAGAAUAGAAAUGAUCGUCAAAUGCAAGACAAGGACAAGAGCAAGGACAAUGACAAAGACAAGGAGAAAGACAAAGGAAAAAAGGGAUGUGAAAAGGAAAAAGGGAAUGGAAGACUGGAAAAGAAGCAAAGAAUUGGAAAGAAAACAUCUAGCAUUUGGGAUCAUUACACUAUGUUGCCAGAUUGUGAUCCCGAGAAGUUAAGGGCUGCUUGCAAUUAUUGUGGUACCAAUUAUACGGUAGAUACAAAGUUGAACGGGACCAGCACAUUAUGGGCACAUGUGGAGAGAAAAUGUAAAAAAUAUCCUUUUAGUGACUGGGUUGAACAAAAUAAAAGGCAACAAUCUACUAUCGAUAGAUUUACUAAAAACAAAACAACAACUUGCAAUGAAGAAGCAGUUGCUUCAAGUGGGCUGCCAUUAAGAUUUAAUCAAAACCUAGUUCGGAAAGCAAUAGCUGAAUAUAUCAUCAUGGAUGAGUUACCUUUUCGGCACGUUGAUGGAAAAGGAUUUCAAAAGCUUAUCAAACUUUUUUUUGACGAUUUCCAAUUCCCAUCAAGGUUCACUGUGGCGAGAGAUAUUUAUCAAUUGUUUUUGGAUCGAAAAAAAGAACUAAAGGCAAUGUUGAAAAUGCAAAAGAGGAUUAUCAACUUUCUUAAGGUUCCUAGCCAUAAAGGAGACCUUGUGGAAAAAGAGUUGAUAAAUUGUCUUGAUGAGUGGGGUAUCUCCAAAGUAUUUGCAGUGACAGUUGACAAUGCUUCUUCAAAUGAUGUUGCACUAAGAAAAUUGAAGGGAAACUUGUUUGAAAAGGAUAAUACAGUUCCACUAAAUGGUAAAAUAUUUCAUAUGAGAUGGAACUCCACCUACAUGAUGUUAGAAGCUGCUAUAAAAUUCAAGAAGAAUUUUGACAAUUUAGAAGGAGAUGCAAACUACACAAGGUACUUUGAUGAAGAAAGAAUGGCUGGUCCGCCAAGUAAUCUGGAUUGGGAAAAAGCAGGAGUAUUUGUCAGUUUUUUGAAGAGACUCUAUGAUCUUACUAAUCGGUUUAGUGGGUCAUUAUAUGUCACAUCCAAUCUAUUCCUUCCAAAUAUUUUGAAAGUACAGGCUGAUUUGAUUACUAUGGCUUCUAGUCCUGAUACUUUAUUAGGAACUAUGGCUAUUAGUAUGAAGCGGAAAUAUGACAAGUAUUGGGGAAGGAUUGAAAAGCUAAAUAUGUUAACAUUUAUUGCCAAUAUCCUAGAUCCGAGGUAUAAAUUAGAGGUUGUGAAUCGAGAUUUUAGAUUUGUGUACAAUCCAAGUGAGGCUGAAAAAAUGAUAAAGUUGGUCACCGAUACAUUGGCACAGUUAUGUGUUUUAUAA